CGCCUCGUGCCGCUCGGGUUUGUUGGCUGUCAGCAACUACACGAGACUUGAACAGCCCUUAUCAGACCUAUAGACUCUUAUAUGUUAUCGCUCUGGAAUAGGCGUAUUUAAUUUUUUGUUGUAAAAGCGGAGUUGAUCGCGUCCAAACUCCGUCCAUGCAUCCUGUGAGCUCCCAAUGAUUGGCGCCUUUUGUGUCCGCCUUAAGUGAAUGGCCAGGUGAAAUGAGCUGGGCAGAGGAGGACUGGACAGUGGGUCUGUCUGGAAAGGUUCUACAGAAAGUGAAGGAGCUACAGGUUCAUCAUGAGCGAUUAUCCAGGGAGAACAAACAGAAACAGCUUCUGCUGGACAACAUUCAAACCAGCCUUGACAAGCAGACUGCCAAGUAUGAAGAAGUGCGUGUGGAGCUGCAGUCAUCACACAGGGAGCUGCAAAGAGUCCAGGAGGAAGCGAAGGUCGCUGUAACCAGCAAAGAGCGCCUCUCUCAGGAUCUCCAAAGCAAACAAGCCCAAGUUUGUUCUUUAGAGGGCCAGUUGGAUGCUGCACGCACUCUGACUAAUAAACUCACACAGGAAGUGAAGAGGUUAGAGGCUGAACUUGAAAAGCUACAGAACAGCAGUAGGCCAUCAGACACAACACUCUUCUCAACUCCCUGCUGGAGCAACUCACCUUGGGAAUUUAGCGGGAGUAGAAAGGAGGAGCGCCAUGGCAACAGAGAAGAAGGGAAAACUCAAGGACUUCAUGUUCGACGCCUGCAGUUUUCAGAUAAGUCCUCAAGCUCAUUGCCAAGGGGACAGCCCAGCGGUGCUCACCACCACCAAACGUCUGACGUUUUUUCCACUCCUUCCGCUGCGUUUCCCUGGGAACGGGAUGAUGCUAAACCCAUAGUCAGGAGACCCUCUCCAGUGUCUCCAGAGACCCCAUACAAUGAUGCUUUAAAUCAAAGCCAGCUGGAGCAGAACCUCUGCGUGAAGACAAAUGACUCUAAGACUGACUUGUCUGUGUCUGAACUUCGGAGCCACUUGACAGAUUUGGAAGAGGAACUGCGAGUAAAAGUGCAGACAAUAAACACGAUCCAAAAUGAAGUAGCACAAAAUAAGAAGGAGCUUGCUGCCAAAGAAAUCAGCUUGCAGAGACUCCGAGGUGACCUUACCCUGGCUCAUACACGCAUGUCUCAGGAAGAAGAACGGGCAUCUACUGCUGAACAGAGGGCCAAACAGCUUCAGGAAGAGCUUAAGUGCCAAAGACAAAACGCUGAGAGCAGCAGAGUGCAACAUCAACAGCGGACCAAGGAGCUGGAGAAGCAGCACCAGCGAGACCUGCAGGAGUUUCAAAAGGAGAGACAGUGCAUGGAGAGGCAGCACCAGCAGGAGAUAACCAAACUCAGUCAAGAGCUUGCACAGGCCAGAGCCAACCACAACGCCCUGCAGGCUCAACUAGACAAGGAGUCCUCACAAAAACAGGCUUUGGUGAAAGAACUGGACACUCUCAAGGAGAAGCUUAAAUGGACAGAAGAACAACUACAGCAAAGCCAAAAGAAAGAGGCUCAGACACAAGCAAAAUUGACGGAGGCUUUACGUGAGGCAGAGACUUUGACUGUGAGCCUGAAGCAAUGUCAGAAAAAGGAAAGAGCACUAGAGGAAGAUGGGAGGAGACUGAUAGAAGAAAGAAACAACGCCCUCUCUUUACUGAGAGAACUCCAAGAACAAAAGGCCAGUGUGGCUCCUCCUGCCCAGGUGACAUUCUCUAAUGCCUCACAGCCAUUACACCAAACCCAACCCAGCAAGCCCAAACCCAGUACAGCCAAGCAAAAGAGAGAGGAAGUGGACAGGAGGGUGGAAAUCAAAGUACCCUAUCCCACUGACCGAGAACCAGGUGAAGGCAUUGACUCUGAACACAUAAGUGACAAUCUCCCUAUAAAAUCAGAGGAUCUACAAAAAGACAGAGUACAUACUACAAGGGAGGAGGUUUUGGAGAGUGAUGACAUACAAACUAUUGCCGAGAGAACCUCCUCUCACAGUUCUAAGGCCACAGGUUCAGAGGACCUCCAGGUCCAGAACAGAGCGCUGCGCUCUGAACUGCGUGACAUUCGAGAAGAGCUCCAGAAAAGGCUGGAUGACUUGGAAGCCCAGCGGCGGGCUGAGACAGAAGCAAGGACCAGACUCAAACAGCUGAGUCGGAAAAAUGCCAACCAGAUCACUGAAAAAGAGGAGCAAUACAAGGAGUGCAAGCUACAGCUGGAGAAGGAGAAGUCAGAGGUUGACAGGUUAAAGAAAGCUCUGGCUGCUCUGGAGAUGGAAAUUAUAAAUGAAAGACAAGAGAAAUAUGAGAAGAAACAUGAAGAGAGAGAUACUGUGUUUCAAGACAAAGAGAAUGAAAUGAUAGAGCUCAACAUAAAGCUGAAGAAGCAGCUGUCGGAGGUGCAGGCUCAGUUGGGUUUAGAACGAGAUGAGCGAAAGCAGCAGGAAGCUGAAAUGCUGAACAAAACAAGCACAGACAUGGAGAAAAUACAAGAAUUGGAGGCUGAAAUAGAGCAACUUAAGGCCAGUCUAAACAACAGUUCACAGGCAGAAGAGGCACUGACUACAGCCAACAGCCCUGUGACUUACCUGACCCUCCGAGAGGAUGAGUUUAACUCCAAAAUUGUUGACGAAACUAACAAACCCAAAACUCCCUCUCUCUACCAGUCCACUAAUCAGCCCAAUGCAGUAAUAUCUGAGGUAAUGGGAAAUGUUAUUCCAUCAGAGGAAAUGGCACUUUUUGAUCCUCAGCAUUCAUCCUUAACUGUGAAUGACAUGGAACAAGAAUGUUUAAACCAGAAGGAAAACGUGCAUAAAACAUUUGACAAUGCACAGCAUGAUGAUAAGCUUUCAGUGCUAGCAGCACAAAUACAGACCCUGCAAAAACAAAAUGCACUGGAGAAAGAACAAGCCAACCAGUACCAGAUAAAACUUGAGGCCCUGCAAAACCAGGUAACACAACAGACCCACCAGCUGACCAUGGCAUUUGAAAAGCAAAGCAAACACAUCUCUGGCCUUUUAAUUGAGCUUCAAGAAAAAGAAAACACCAUCCUCUUUAAAGAAGAAGAAAUACAACAGUGCAGACAAGAACUUAGUUCCCUAAAACAGAAAAUGGCAAAGGAAGAGAGAGGGCAAGAUCAUGACGAGGAGGAGACUUCUUCCAUCUGCAUCAAAAGUCUGGUCACAGAUAAUUCUAAUGAAGGAACAGCACAGCGGAGUCCUAAUGCUGGACCACCUGUGCUUGAGAUAAAAGAUGUAACAGAGAGUAAAAUGCUACAUAAACAAAGUUUGACCAAUGAAGUCAACAGUGGAAGUGAGGUGGCUGAUUUGACUUCAGAGCUCCUCAGUCUGCAGCAGGAAAAUCAUCGUCUUAAGUUGAAACUCCAGUCGAUGACUACACCCAAGCCCUGUGGCAUAAACACAGACGUUAGAAGAGCCUCUCCUCUGCAGGGGCAGACACCAACAGCUCUAGGUGACACUGGUGUUCAGGCAUGCACUGAGACGCAGCAGAGCACCCACGACACACAGGAUCAUGUAAGAGAAAGUGAAGUACAGCCAGAGGCAGGCUCCCAGCAACUGGACCAUAUCAGCUACCUACAGCAACAGGUGGUGGCACUGCAGACAAAGCUACAGGCUCUGUCUGAGGAGAACCAGCAGAAGACUGAGGAGCUGGCUCUGUGGAGACUGGCCUCUGAACCUGUGUGUGCGCUCACAGAGUCUGAGCUUGUGGAGCACCAACAUGAGCGAGGCCCAGGUCAUCAGCAUUCUGCCUCACAGGAGCAAAGUGGCUGUGUGACUCUGCGGAGAGAGGAUGAGAUACUACUGUCCUGCUCCUCCAACAAACUACAGGGACGCAUUCUGUUCUCCAGACUGCAACAAAAUCUCAUCUCUGAACCAAAGACUCUUCCUCCUUUUUCAAUCCUGCAAGAACACAAUAAGAACCAUUCAGAGUUUGACAAAGAAAACACUUUUCCAACUCAACACAACCAAAGGAAUGACACCAAAAACGUUCACAGACGUUUGGGCAUAGAACUCUCUGAAGUUCCAGACUGUAGCACUGGAAAUGCCACAAGCACUGGAGUUAAAGCUAUUGAGUUCAUAAACAACACUGGGGUUGAUAAUAUGAAAUGCGUCAGCACUCAAACAGAGAGUUGGUGUGUACCACAUGAAGUCCACUGUACGCACACACAGACUGAGUUGAUGGAGGAGGAAGCAGAGAUGGAGUCCCCCUCUGUCUCACCUGUCCCAUUUGAUGAAACCCAUCAGCCAAAGGACGUGAUGUUGACAGCAUCAUUUCCGAUCCCUGCCGACCCAGCGCGGUUAGCAGAGAGGAUCAGACGAAACCGAACUCAGCUGUCGGCCGCCUUUGACGACACUGAGUAUGAACCAUAUGGGCUGCCUGAAGUGGUAAUGAAAGGAUUUGCCGACAUUCCCAGUGGCCCUUCAUGUCCAUAUAUUGUGAGGCGAGGUUUGCUUGGGACUGCAGUGGUACCUGUCCCUCCAAAAAACACAGUAGAGGCAGAAGAAACAGAUUAAUUACAUGACCAAAGGUUAUGUCACUGUUUUUUUGAGGACAAUACAACUGUUAAUAUUUUCACAUUUACAUUGACUCAUUUAUAAGGGAAAAGCUCACCUCUGCAGUCAUGUGGUACCACAGAGCCCUUCUGUUUGACUCUGUCCAGGCUGCCCACUCUGGCCCUGCAGAAUAAACACCUGUGCUGCUGUGGAUUGUAAAUGUCUAAAUGGUCACUAGUUUAUCCUGUGAUUGCAGUGUGCUGAUGAGGGCCUCUGUAAUAGAGCCAACUGUGUAAUUAAGGGCAGAUACAGUUAGGCAGUGAUUAAGUGAUGUUUGUGGAUUUAUCUGGGCACUGUGUUUUUUUGCUACUCCAAAGAUCAUCAUAAUGGCCUCUGGUCACUGUGAGUGUGCCUGGUUUCUAAUCUAUCAGUAGUUUUGAUGGUAAUAUGAUUGUUACUGUGAAUGGCAAUAGUUUUAUCUGAAUUGCCUUUGUGGCUUAUAGACACACUUGAAGCUGUGUAGAGGUGUGCAUGUUUACAUGAGCGUGGAUGUAUGUACAGUACAGUGGCUGAGUGUGGCUGCAGUCUGCGAGAUGUUUGUGCAGCGGAGUGACUCACCCUGAACCUGCAGUUUCCUCUCCAUGUAUGGUGAUGAACACUGCACUCCUGUCGUCUCUGGAGCUCUGCUUCUCUGUUUCUAAUAAACACUCCUUGAUUUUU